AAUUGUUUGGUUUGACACGCAAACGCGUGAAUAGUGAUUUAUGCUCCUUUCCCACUUUCUUGUUUUUGUACUGAUUCAUUUACUACUCCCAUGUUUCAAUAACCAGUGUCCUGUUCAGUUCUAAAAAAAUUGAAUCUCUAAAAGAUCAAAAUGGAUGAAACCAUCAUUGAUGAAAGAUCAUUGCGUGCUUUGUUAGCUGCAGGGAUAGAAACCAUCAAAGUGGAAGAACACAUCAUUGAAGUCAGACCGGCUUUGAGAAUGUUAUUUAACUAUGAGAAAUUCUGGUCUGAACUCCGCAAGGAUAAUCUUGAGUUUAUCACUAGGGAUGAAACCGAUGAUCCUCUAUCACUUCGUAAGGUUAUGGGAAUUUCAUCUCUCCAUGAAAAACUCUACUUGGGCGAAGCAUCCAAGGUUGGAUACACUGAUGCUCCAGCAGCUUCACCAUUUCUUGUGGAGGUGGGAGAGAUUCUAGUGGAUGAAAAGGAUAUGGGAAGUACAUCUCGCAAUGAAUUGAGGGAGGGUUGUUUUGUGCUUCUAAAGGGGGAUGGAACCAUUGAUGCUCGAUCACUUCACGAGAUAGAAGAAAAAUUGAAGAAAGAUUAUAUCCAAAAAAAGAAAGAAGAAGAAGAAGAAGGGAGACAAAAUAACCGAUUAGAGGUGGAGGAAGGACCUGAUCUGGCAAAUCGUCAUUCUUUAUUCUUCUUGAGGGACUGGGAAAACUCGAUAUGCGAACCUAAGCCUUUUAUGCGUUCUGUAGCUGAUUGUGUGGUUCGUAUUGAUCCAAAGUCUCGUGCCCUUCUAAUAAUCUCAAGCGGUGGCGUCCAAAGUUACAUGGCAAAAAUUUUGAACACUCCAUUUGAAAAUGGAAACAUACCACAAAUACAAUCAUCAAAAUUAAGUAUCAAAGAAGCAUUUUUUACUUACUUCCAAGAAAUGACAUAUAUCACAUUGUUCAUGGUAUGCUACACUAUAGCUUGGAUACUAAUUUUACCACUACGACCAGCUGGGGUGAAGUUUUUUUUGGUGCUACUAUUGGUCUAUGUACCCGUCUCAUAUCUACCCGAGCUUGUAGCUAAUGCUUCCGGAGAACAUUAUGUGACUUGUGGCUCAUUAAAACUUCCUCUAAUGUUUUUUAAAACUUUAGGGGCUUUCGGUAUUUCCCUUAUUUGGGGUUUAUUGGCAUUUUUAGUGGUUUAUUUAAAUUGGAGGUUCAUAUAUAAAGAGACACCAACAAGAGUUGAAGAGGUUGAGGCUGAGGCUGAGGUUGAGGUUGAGGUUGAGGUUGAGGCUGACUUGGAUCCUAUAUUACCUGUGGUUUAGGAUGGAUGAUCUUAUAGUUUUGACUACAUUUGGUGGCAUCAUGUGAACAUUGUUCUCUCUUUUUCUAUGGUAUGGACGUGUUAUUAAUAAUUGAUGUGUGUAAGUUCUUUUGUAUUUCUAGCUGCAAAUUUGCAAUGCAUUGCAUGAUAAUUGAUGUGUAAGUUAUUUUAUUUUUAUA